AGGCAGACAUCGACUCAAGAUCACAGUGCAAAACGCGCUCCGGAACGCCUUCGUGGAAAGGGAUUCGCACGCACGCGCUGUGCAGCUCAUGCGCCCCAGUGGAAGUUCGUCCGGAGAGUGCAUCCCAGUGAAAUUCCAGCCCAAAAUAGACACACUGGCGAGAUGACUGGAGGCACUCCAGAAGACACACAGUGAAUCCCUCGCGCGUGCAUUAUCUCUCAUGAGUGCGCCUUGUGCAAUUCGGGACGACAUACAUUGGAUAACUUUACCGGUCAAUUAGUCAUCCAAUGUGUGGCUUUAAAUUAUGGCACAUGAACUUUUGAUGCGAUGCGAAAUAUAUUAAAUAAAACAGAAACGUUAAGAGCCGCUUGAGACACACAAGUCAAGACCAGAACAUGAAGGAAAAGCCAAAACUUGUACAGUGUUGCAUAACGUGCACAGCUUAAUUGCAAUGGAUUUGGUAUGGAAUAUAAGUGUUAACAAUAAAAAAAAGUUCGGGUGAGGAAAAAAAAGGUGUUUGCGAGUGCGCGAACUCGCGCAUUAGUCAUUGUGGAAAUAUGUGGGGAAUUGAGAUUCAAGAUUAUAGGCUUUGAUUGCAAAGAUACACGACGCUAAAUCGCGCACAGAGUGAAGAAGGCGAAAAAAAAGUGAAUUGUGUUGUGUGUGUGAGAAGGAGAGAUAUAAUUUUGUGUAUCGACAAAACAGCAUUUGAUUUGAAGAAGAAGAAGAGGUGAAGUAAUUGGAGUGAAGAGAGAAAAAUUGUAUUAAGGGAAAUAGAGAGGCGGAGAAGAGUGGAAAAAUCUCGUGAAACUUCAAAUCAAUCACCUCGGAGUUGUGGAGCACAGGAAAAACAUGAAAAUGGUUUUGUCACAGCGGCAACGCGAGGAACUAAACCAAGCGAUUGCCGACUACUUGGGCAGCAAUGGAUACACGGACGCGUUGGAGGCCUUUCGCAAGGAGGCGGAUGUGUCCAAUGAGGUGGAACGCAAGUACGGCGGAUUGCUGGAGAAGAAGUGGACGUCGGUGAUUCGGCUGCAGAAGAAGGUGAUGGAGCUGGAGGCGAAGUUGUCAGAGGUGGAGAAGGAGGCGCUCGAUGGUGCGCCGACGAAGAGCAAGCGAACACCGGGCGAAUGGAUACCGCGACCGCCGGAGAAGUUCACGCUUACGGGUCACAGGGCGACAGUGACACGCGUGAUCUUCCAUCCAGUGUUCAGUCUGAUGGUGUCAGCGUCUGAGGAUGCCACAAUUAAAGUGUGGGACUUUGAGACGAGCGAAUAUGAGAGGACACUCAAGGGACACACGGAUUCAGUACAAGAUAUUGCAUUUGACGCUCAGGGAAAAUUGCUGGCCUCGUGCAGUGCCGAUGUGUCCAUCAAGCUCUGGGAUUUCCAGCAGACAUACGAGUGCGUGAAGACGAUGCACGGCCACGAUCACAAUGUGUCCUCGGUGGCUUUUGUGCCAGCCGGUGACUUUGUCCUGUCAGCAUCGCGAGAUCGCACGGUGAAAAUGUGGGAAGUUGCAACUGGCUACUGCGUAAAGACAUACAGCGGCCAUCGGGAUUGGGUGCGAAUGGUGCGAGUCGGCAUUGAUGGUUCCUUCUUUGCAACCUGCUCAAAUGACCACACAGUGCGAAUUUGGAUGACCAGCUCAAAAGAUUGCAAGGCUGAGCUCCGAAAUCAUGAUCACACUGUCGAGUGCAUCGCUUGGGCGCCUGAAUCUGCCGCCGCGGUGAUAAAUGAGGCUGCCGGUGCGGACAACAAGAAGGGUGCACAUCAAGGGCCAUUCUUGGCUUCUGGAUCGCGAGAUAAGACAAUUUGUGUGUGGGAUGUAAACUCUGGCUUAUGUCUUUUUACGCUUACGGGUCACGACAACUGGGUGAGAGGACUGAUUUUCCAUCCUGGCGGCAAAUACUUGAUUUCCGCAAGUGAUGACAGGACAAUCAGGGUGUGGGACUUGCGCAACAAGAGAUGUAUGAAGACCCUGUAUGCUCAUCAGCACUUCUGCACCUCUGUUGAUUUCCAUCGGACUCAUCCAUACGUUAUCUCCGGAAGUGUGGAUCAGACGGUGAAAGUUUGGGAAUGUCGCUAGAUUCUCCUAAUUCUCCUAGUAGAUGAUAUUUAAGGGAACUUUAUUUAAAUCCGCUUGCCACACACUUCAAGACGAGAGAAUUGGAUGGAAGGAAGAGUCGAAGGAGAAUAAAAUGCAACAUUGAAGAAUUCCUCCAAAUAGGGAGAAGAGUUAAAUUAUGGACAGAGAGAGAGAAGCAUAAAGAAAAUUGUAUGUGUGAAAAGAUGAUAUUGCGUGCGUGUGCGUGAGUGUGAGCAGAAGAUGAAUAAAAUAAUGAUUAUUUUUUGGGGGAGUCUUGCAAUCUUCAUACCAAACUUUUAUGUAAGAAGAAAUCUUUUAAAUCACUCUAUAAAAUUAUACAUAACAUGAAAUAAAAAUACUCCAGACAACAUACUGGAGAUGGAAAAUAAAUCUUCAAAUGGAAUUAAAAAAAAAAAAUAAAUAAAUCACCAUAAAAAUAAAGGUCGCUUUUUGAGUAAAUAUCAAUGAUGAAAUUAUUGUUAAAAUGAAACUAUUGAAGAAUCGUAAAUAGCUUUCAAUGUAGAUAUUUGUGGCAAAUUGUGCUGAUUUAUUAUCUCUAAAAGGAUGAAAAUAAAGCCUCACAGAGUUAUUAUUGCUAAGAUAAUAACAUUAAUCUAUACAACAACAAAAAAAUAUUGUGUAGAGAAACAGAAUUGUAACGAAAUAUACUACAUUUAUAAUACUUUCACUUUCUCGAGACUUACUAGUUUAUCUCAUUUUUUUUGCAAAAGCUAAUAGUGAAUUUUUAGGGUGUUUAACUGUAGAGAAAAAAAUAUACACAAUUUGCUCUUUUGAGAAGAAGAAAAUCAUAUUUCUUUCAAGACAGAAAAUGAAGAAGAAUGAAUUUCUAGCGAUUGUCGAUGAAACUUUCAAUGCAACUCUCAAGUUUAAAAACUGGUUUGAAAGAAAGUGAUGAGAGAAGAAUGGACACUAAUUUAAGUUUAGUGGAGUGAAACGAAGAUAUUGCGACAUUUAUGUUAAUCUUUAAAAAAGAAAAUCUAAUUAUGAUUUAGUAGAAUUUUUAGGUUUAAACUUGAAAACAACAACGUCGAAUAUGGAUCUUUAGAAGAGACAGAGAUUGCAUCUAAAACUAAAAAGGCAGGUGAAAAA